AUGGUUAAAGCAGCUGUUCUCGGUGCUUCUGGUGGCAUUGGCCAGGUUGGUAGUCCUGUUGGAUGGGAGACUCCUCCUCUAUCUCUUCUGUUGAAGAUCUGUCCUCUCGUCGACGAGCUUGUUCUUUAUGAUGUCGUUAACAGCCCCGGUGUUACCGCCGAUCUCUCUCACAUCUCUACUGCCGCCGCUGUGAACUCGUCCUCAUCCCAGCUGGAAUUCCUCGUACGUAAUCCCAAACAUGCUGACACUUCCCCUUCCCCCCUGUUUUUUGGCGUUUUGUUUCGCCUUGUAUUUGUUGCUAACAACCCGGCAAAAGGCAAGCCUGGAAUGACCCGUGACGACCUCUUCACCGUCAAUGCUGGCAUUGUGAGAGACCUCGUCCAGGGAGUUGCUGAGUUCUGCCCCAAGGCGUUUGUCCUCAUUAUCUCCAACCCAGUUAACUCUACCGUCCCAAUUGCUGCCGAGGUGCUCAAGAAGGCAGGCGUCUUCGAUGCCAAGCGUCUUUUCGGUGUCACUACCCUUGACAUCCUCCGUGCAGAGACCUUCGCCCAAAAAUACACUGGGGAGAAGAACCCAUCUGAUGCUACCAUCCACGUCAUUGGAGGACACUCUGGCGAGACUAUUGUCCCAGUUUACAGCUUGGCUAAGCCAGCUGCUGAGAUCCCAGAGAGCGAGUACUCCGAGAUCAUUAAGCGUGUCCAGUUUGGCGGUGACGAGGUUGUUAAGGCCAAAGACGGUGCUGGCUCUGCCACCUUGUCCAUGGCUUAUGCUGGUUACCGCUUUGCUUUGAGCGUCAUGAAGGCUGCCAAGGGUGAGAAGGGUAUUGUUGAGCCUACUUUUGUUCACCUUAGCGGCAUCAACGGCGGCGAUGUCAUCGCUAAGGAGACCGGUCUUGAAUAUUUCUCCAUGCCAGUGGAACUCGGACCAUCUGGUGCUGAGAACAUCAUCAACAUCCUCCCCGAGGUCAACGAGAGGGAGAAGGCCCUCCUUGAGGUUUGCAAGACCGGCCUCCAGGGCAACAUUGCUAAGGGAAUCAGCUUUGUUCAGAACCCUCCACAAAAGUAA